AUCUUGCCAAAGUUUCCUUGUCAAGUCACGCGUGAGAUGACUAACUGCUAAUAAGGAUUAAUUAAUAUUGUGUUAUUCAUAGAUUACAUAAAAAACAAAUAAAUUAGUAAAGAUAACAGAAAUUGACGACUAUAUAUUGUAAUGCACGAACAGUAUACCGAUCAGUUUCAAUUUAGAAUUUAAUAGUAAUUCUAUAUUAUCAUGUCUCGUCUCACGAUCAUUUUUUUUAUCCUCGCAAUUUGCGUAGCGAUUGUCAUCUGUUCACCCGUUUGCGGACCAAAUCAGAUUAGUGUCAAUUGUAAGAACACCUGUCCAGUAACUUGCUACACUUACCCUAAUCGUACAUUUAUCUGUCCUCAUAUUUGUGUGAAAGGAUGCGAUUGCGUACCAGGAUAUAUAUUAGACACUGAUAAUAAUAAAUGCGUUUUACCCAAUGAUUGUUAAUUUUUGAGGACAAUAAUAAACAUAAAUGUUUAAUUAUGCUGAUAUAAUUAGCUUAAACUAAUAUUAGAUUUACUUUAUUAUAAAAAAAAAAGUUAAUAUUUUGAUUCUAACAUGGACUGUUCUUGUAACAUUUUGGGUUUGUUCAAAUUUCAUAUUUAAAAUAAAUAACUCACAUAAUUAAUAAUAAA